AUGUCACAUUCAAAAGAGAAGAGACGUAAGGUUGAGAGCGAAAAUAGAAAAUUUAACAACGAGUGGACUGAUAAGUAUGCACACAUACAAAAUGCUGAGGGAAACCCCAUGUGCCUUGUCUGUCUUGUCAUUUGCUCGGUAAAUAAAGAAUACAAUGUGCGGAGGCACUUCCAGACGACUCACACUAACUUUGAUAAUGAAUAUCCCCCGGGCUCAGAGGCUCGACAGACAAAAAUAAAGACACUGACUCAAAACUACCAGCGAAGUUGUGUGGUUUUCACCCGAACCUGCACUUUGCAACAGAAAGCUACAAUAGCAUCUCUCCGAAUUGCAUUGACACUGACUAAAAAUAAAAGACCAUUUACAGAUUCUGAAACAGUAAAAGAAUGCAUACACGCUGCUGUCGAGGAGGUGGUAACGGAUGAAAAAGUGAAAGAGAAAGUUAUAUCUUCGACUAAAUCAGUCCCACUGUCCGAUACAACAGCUGCGAGAAGGGUGGACGUUUUAGCUACGGAAGUUUUUGACACGCUUCUUAAUCAACUGAGGAAGGUUGAUUUCAUAUCUCUGGCUGUGGAUGAAUCAACAGACAACUCGGAUAUAGCUCAACUUUGUAUGUUUGUGCGAUUUUUCGAUGGUCACUGUUUCAAAGAGGACAUAUUGGGAUUAAUACCACUGGAAGGGAAUACAACAGGAGAAAUUCUCUUCCAGGAGAUUGUUGAUUUUUUUCAAGAGAACGGACUGGACUUGGAGCGUAUCAACCUGCUUGUUACAGAUGGUGCGCCCUCGAUGACAGGGAAGAUCAAAGGACUGUCUGCACGGCUGUCUGCACUUGCGCCAAAAAUGAAGUCGCUGCACUGCCUCAUCCAUCAGAGUGUCCUUUUCCCACAAUUAAGUGGUGAGUUGAAAAACACAAUGGAUUCUGUUAUGGCUACAAUUAACUUUAUCAGAUCAACAUCUAGUCUCCAACACAGACUGUUUCGCAAACUUCUUGCUGAUAUGUCAGCUGAGCAUGUUGACCCACUUUUGCAUAACAAUGUGAGGUGGUUAAGCCAGGGAAACUCACUCAUGAGAGUCUGUGAACUGAAGAAAGAAAUCAUCACUUUCCUUCGUGAAUGCAAGCACAGAAAGGCUGAAACAUUUCUGACCUACAUGUUGGAUGAUAAAUUUGUGUCUGAGAUGUGUUUUUUAUGUGAUAUCCUUCAUCAUUUGAAUGUAUUUAACCUGGGACUUCAGGGGAGAGAUAAAACAGUUGCUGAUGUGGUUGAAAUGCUAACUGCUUUUCAAAAUAAACUGGAUAUUUUUUCAUCUGAUCUCAGUAGCAGACUGCUGCACUUUCCAACCCUCAGUGGCUUCAUCAAGUCAUCACAAAGUGGUAAAGUCACAAAGGUCAUGUCAGACUUUCUGGACCAUUUGAAACACAACUUUGCACAGAGAUUCAAUGACUUUGACAUUCCCAAAGAGUUGCUGCAUGUUGUGAGGAACCCUUUCACCAGCACACCCAAUACUUCCCCGAAAGCAGCAGAGUUCCUAAAGUUGCAUGGCAUUGAUGAAGGUCCCCUGCAACUUGAAAUGAUUGAAAUGCAAGCAUCAUGUGAAUUAAAGGAUGUCCUUCAGGAAAAAGGCUGCACAGAGCUUUGGACAAAGAACAUUGUCCCAGAGAUGUUCCCAAACAUGAAAAAAUUGGCCAUGUGUGUGUUAACAAUGUUUGGAUCAACAUAUACAUGUGAAUCAUCCUUCUCUCACAUGAAUGCCAUAAAAACAGACAAUCGGAUCUCCUUGACAAAUGAGCAUCUGCAUCAUUGUUUGCGGAUUGCUGUCACCCCAUAUGAACCUAACUUUUCUCAUCUUGCCCAGUCAAUGAAGUGUCACUUUUCUCAUUAG